ACGGGCCGGCGUGCGGCCGAGCGCUGAGGUUCGCCUGGAGCUGGUCCAGUGUGACUCACUCGGUCACUCUAUUGACAAUGGAGUGUCGUUAAUUUCGCAGUGGCUUAACGGUACUUUCGCAUUCGUGGGCUACUUAUUUCAUCCGCCUUCAAUCCCGUUUACACGUGCUUAUGCAGAUACGCAUGGAACAGUGUGAGGCACUUAGCUAUCGAGGAAGACCACGGGUCCAGGGCCUUUAGAUGAGAUCCCCCAGCAUCUUCCCGUGAUGUGUUUUCAUGCGAUAAAUCUCGCGUCGAUUGCAUAAGAGAGAGAGAGAGAGAGAGAAAAAGAAGAAAUAAAAUAUCUCGAGAGAAGCAUGGCUGGCCAAACGAACAAGGCCGACCUCCGGGAGGAAAGUCUUCAUCAUCAUCAUCCGGAAGGAAGCGAGGAGGAAGUUGACAAGGAGUGGGAAGAGUUUACAAGGCUAAUGGCAAAGUUGAAGGAAAACCGGAAGAAUCAUCCCCACAGACCCUCUCAAACGUUCUACCCCUGUCCUCCGCCAAAUCCGGAAGAGGAACAACCGGAAUUCGACCCGUUCGACUACAUAAACACUAUUAUGUAUGGUCGGUACACGAAGGACCUGGGUGAAUACGCAAAGGAAGAAGCAAGAAAGCUAAAGUACCACAACAAGGAGAGAAGGAAGUUCGACAAAUCGCGCGCGGAGGAGCUAUCGAAAUCCAGAAGGGGUCCAUUGUGCAGAAAAUUAUUAGCUCUAUUGGCAUUCGCAUGGAAGCACACGGGAGCGAGGCUGGGAGAGGACUGGGUCUUCCUGGCACUACUGGGAGUGAUAAUGGCACUGAUAAGCUACGCGAUGGACCGCGGCAUAUCUAUGUGCAACAAUGCAAGGAUAUGGCUCUACCAGGACCUGACGACGCACCCUGCUCUCCAAUAUCUGGCCUGGGUGUCCUUGCCGGUCUGCCUGAUCUUGUUCAGCGCAGGCUUCGUGCACAUCGUGGCGCCGCAGAGUAUAGGCUCGGGGAUACCUGAGAUGAAGACCAUCCUGCGUGGAGUAGCGCUCAAGGAAUACCUAACCUUCAGGACCCUGGUGGCCAAGGGGAUAGGCCUGACGGCCACCCUGGGCUCGGGUCUUCCUCUGGGAAAGGAAGGACCCUUCGUCCACAUCGCCAGCAUCGUCGCGACCCUACUCUCAAAACUAGUCACUAGCUUCCAGGGGAUCUACGAGAACGAGAGCAGAAACUGCGAGAUGCUCGCCGCCGCCUGCGCCGUCGGCGUCGCGGCGUGCUUCGCCGCGCCCAUCGGCGGCGUCCUCUUCAGUAUCGAGGUCACCACCGUCUACUUCGCCGUGCGCAAUUACUGGAGAGGAUUCUUCGCUGCCGUUUGCGGCGCCACCAUGUUCAGGCUCCUCGCGAUUUGGUUCCAGAGGGAGGAAACCAUCACGGCCAUGUUCGUCACGAAUUUCACUAUGGACUUUCCCUUCGAUCCUCAGGAGUUGUUCAUCUUUGCCCUGAUUGGUGUUGGCAGUGGACUGGGCGGUGCUUUUUACGUCUGGUUGCACAGGCAGUACGUCAUAUUUAUGCGCAAGAACAAGAGCAUGAACAGUUUCCUUCGGAAGAAUCGAUUUCUAUAUCCUGGAAUUGUCUCCCUCAUGGUGGCUUCCGUUUCCUUUCCCCUGGGACUGGGACAAUUCAUGGCCGGUGACCUGAACACUCACGAUCAGGUUCAUGGACUCUUUACUAAUUUCACCUGGACCAAAGAUACUCUGACAGUCGAGGAGAACAACAUCGUCAAGCACUGGUCCACGCCGUAUUCUGACGUCUUCACAGGACUUUUGAGUUUUGUAGCAUUCACAUUCAUCUUUUCGAUAAUAAGCUCCACUGUCCCGGUGCCAUCGGGAAUCUUCAUUCCAGUAUUCAAAAUAGGCGCAGCGUUGGGAAGAGCAGUAGGCGAAGCCAUGGCUCUAUGGUUUCCCAAUGGCGUUAGAUACGGCGGAAUAAUAACUCCCAUAACACCAGGUGGAUACGCCACUGUUGGCGCGGCUGCAUUUUCCGGGGCAGUCACUCACACCAUCUCUGUCAGUGUCAUAGUGUUCGAAAUGACUGGUCAGAUUACACACAUCGUACCGAUAAUGAUAGCCGUGCUAAUUAGCAACGCCAUAGCCGCCCUUCUGCAACCCAGCAUAUACGACAGCAUCAUUCUAAUCAAGAAGCUGCCUUAUCUGCCCGACUUGUUACCAUCCAGUUCAGGUAUGUAUAACGUCUACGUGGAGGACUUCAUGGUGCGCGACGUCCGAUACAUCUGGCACGGUAUAACCUAUCAGAGAUUGAAGGAGAUGCUGAAGGAGAAUCGUAAAUUACGGGGAUUCCCCCUAGUCGAUAAUCCAGACUCCAUGAUUCUCUUGGGAUCCAUUCAGAGGCUCGAGCUGAUCAAGCUCAUCGAGAAGCACAUCGGUCGGGAGAGGAGACUCCAGGUGGCGCAGAGGUGGCACAAGGAAGCGGAGGAAAGAGCGAGAGAGGAGAUUGAGAGACAAUUGCGAGAGCAAGAGAGAACGAGGAGACCAUCCAGAUUCGAAGUGAUACCAGCGCCGGACAUUUUGAAAAUGCAACGUCAGAGCACUAAUGACUUGAGCAUGAUGCCCAACGCUGCUUCUGAUCACCACACCUAUCACACGCCUGUGUUUGGCUCGCAGCCAAAAAAAUCUAUUUUGAAAAAAACUAAUUCGUUCACUCUAAAAGGAUUCAGUCCUCUGGCAAGUCCCGCCGUUACGCCCUAUACCACCGUCACAGGUGCAGAAAGCAGAAUUCGAUUGGCCUUCGAGGCAAUCUUCAGAAAAUCCGCUACGCUACAGGAUGUGGAUCCUGAUCCGGAAAUGGGUUCCGGUCACGUGACCGCCGCAAGAAGAGACAGCGUGGAAAGCUUAAACGUCCCGGCGCACCAGCCAAUGUUAACGCCGAGUCCGGCGACGUCGAAAAAAGUACAAUUGCCAAGGGAACGCGUGAUUGACAUGUCAGCCGAGGAUCAAAAGCAAUGGGAGGAGAGCGAAAUGGCACUGGAGGUGGAUUUCUCAAGGUGCCACAUAGAUCCGGCGCCAUUUCAACUUGUCGAGAGGACUUCCCUCCUCAAGGUUCACAGUCUGUUCAGCAUGGUUGGCGUAAAUCAUGCCUACGUAACGGCCAUUGGUCGACUGGUGGGAGUAGUGGCAUUGAAAGAGCUGAGAAAAGCCAUUGAAGACGCUAAUGCGGGAAUCCUACCAAUGCACCACGAACCGCAUCUGGCUGGUUCCAGUUCGAGUUUAGUGAAAAGCGAAGCGGAUUCCGAAGGUAAAGGCGCAUCCACGAUAAACUCUGUGGCGUCGGUCGAGAGCGACAAGAUUGAGAAGGCUUGAGAGCUUGGAUCGCGCUAUAUUUUUCCUAGGAAGAUGAAAAAAAGAAGCCAUUGUGAUAGUCGAGUCGCUGGAGCGACGUCGACCUAUUCCCUUAUAAAACUACAAAACGUGUAUACAUAUAUAUUUAUAUAUGUGUAUACAGAUGGCUGUGCGUGGCUGAGCGACAAAAAAAAAAAAGAAAAAUGAAUGUCAAACAUUAUUUCCAAAAAAAAAAAAGGCAAAAAUUAUACUCUAGGAGGACUGUCAGUCUUUUUUCUUUCAGGAUUUUCUGUUUUUUUUUUUUUAUUGCAGACUCGAAAUAAGAAUGAAAAUUUUACAAGAAUAUUGCUGGUCGUUUCGAAUAAAUGGACUUCGUUUUAUAAUUAGUGACCCUGUCGUGCACUCGAUAUGCUUGUAAAAUUAUUAUAAAAGAAUUUAAUUAGACUUGGGCUACUAAUAAAAAAUUAUAGUACGUAUGCGCUUCCGGUAAUUCCUGACGGUUCUCCUGUAGUAUGAAUUUGUAAAUGACGAAAGAAUUAUGUCAGAAGGAAUUUAGCGAUAGUUCAAGAGGAAUAUAAAGACAAGAGAAGCGAUAUAUAUAUAUAUAUACAUACCUGAUAUAUACUUGAAUAUCAGUGCUCAAAAAAUUCCAAAAAUGAAUCGAGCGAGUCUCGUUGCAGUCUUUCGGGACAAUUGUUAAAAAAUACAAUACGGUGCUAAUUAGAAUUCGAUAAGCUAAGUCCAUCUGAAUUUCUAGUUAAGUCAAACCGCGAUGCGCGAGUAAAAGAAAAAAAAAAAUGUCUGCACAAAAAGGAUGAUACUGUAGUUUCCUAGCCGUGUCACCUUAAUGUGGUUGUGCUAAAAUAUACAUGAUUAAUCGAUAAGUCGCAAAACGUAUAUACGCAAUAAUUAAUAUAUAAGCGUGAAGACGAGAAAAACAAAAGUUAAAACAGAGAAACGAGCCAAUAGAAUAGACUGUAGAUUUAAGUAGCGAAUUAAGUAGUUCCAAUCGAGCAAAACAAUUGUUACAAUUAUCUAGAACGCCUAUUGCUUUUCUUUAGAAUUUUUGUUUCAGCUUUUUCAUUCUACCCCACUUAGAGACUUCUAGCUCGCGUCAAAGACUUCUCUCAAAUUCUAACAAUUUUUAUAAUAAAUCUACCUUUCUUUUUCAACAUUCCAAUAUAUCGAAAAGUGACGCGACGAAAUGACAUAUUCCUUAUUAGCCAUUUCUUCUAUUCUUUGUAUUUCUUUGAGCAAGUUCGUCCAAAAUUAUUGCACACAGCUGUGUAUCUGUUGUUGUCCACUGUUAUAACGUAAUUGUAAAUAAUAAUACGAUUAUUAUUACAAUUGCGACGCCAAGACGAACCCAGCGAUAAGCGUCAUAGUUACGACGUUGCGCGUUCGAUACUUUAUUGUCUUGUCAUGUGUAAAUAUUAUAGCUGCAUACGUUGCUGAUGUACAUGGACCCUCACAUAUGUUUCAUUGAGAAAAGACAUUAAAUAACUUAUUACGGUAAA